CUGCAGCGGCGGUUGCCGGGGGAAUGAGCUGUGAGAAGGGGAACGUGGCGCGCAGGCGGCCCCAGCGCCAUCAGAACGCGCGCGCCUUCAAGAACGACAAGUACGACACCAGCGCGCGGCUGAAGAAAAUAAAUUCUAAACUUCAUGAUGGAGUGUGUCAGCAUUGUAAAGGUAUCUUGGAGUGGCGGGUAAAAUUCAGCAAGUAUAAACUACUAUCAAAACCUAAAAAAUGUGUGAAGUGCCUCCAGAAAGCUGUGAAAGAUCCUUACCAUAUUAUUUGUCGACCAUGUGCUAGUAAAUUAGAAGUUUGUGCCAAAUGCGGAAAGGAAAAAGAAAUUGUAAUUCCGAUUGAUAAAGGACAAGAUGGAACUGAGAAUAAGACUACUAAAAACGGCCAGGAGAGAGGACUGGAGGAUGAACUGGAUUUUGACACAAACUUCAGUAGUACAGACAAUGAAGAAGAUUCUGAUAGGCUUGAAGAAAGUUUUAAAAGUAUGAGUUUUGAAAGGACAGAAAUCCAAAAAGUUGAGUUUCUAGAGGAAACUGUACACAAUCAAUUGUGAUAGACUGGUGCUUUCCUAUGACUUUUGCUCUGAAAACCUGUUCUGACGUUUAAAAUCUUCAUGUAUUGGCAGGCACAGUGUGUUUUGAUGCUUGUUGUGGAAUAAGAGCAGAAUUUCUUGUAAACAGACUCAGAGUUUGAAUCUUUAAGUACAGUUAUUUCUUGUAUAGAUGUUCCUCACUGUGUUAUUGGUACAAAUCCAGUAUUACACAACUGUUGUAUUGCCAUUUGAAAAACUACAUUGACAUCUGUAGUUCAAAUAAAAAAAAUAAAAAGUACUGUCAUUUAAAAAAAACAAAAACAGUUUUAGUAGAUUUUGAGGGAAGAACUUGCAUCUUUUGUCAAUGAGCUUCCAGAGGUCAUUACUGAAAUAUCAAGUAAUCAUUGUUCUUACUCCAGCUGUCUCUUUUCCAUGGAAAGAGUGCCUAAGUGCCAUCAAUAUCCAUUUCAUAUUUGUGACCUUGUUUUUACCAAUAUUUUGAAAUGGAAAAAAGAAAAAAAAAAAAAAAAGAAAGCUUAAAGCUUUAGAAUUUUUCAUAUAAGUUUCACACUUUCUUUUCUUUCAAAUGUAGACACAAUGUAGUUUCCUCUAAUACAAAAACACUUAAGUGUCAUGCAGGGAUGCUAGUAUAGAAUUAUGUUUAAUAAGUUACAAUUUCAAAUGCUGUAUUAUUACAUAGCAGGAUAUAUAGUCUUCCUGUUUUUCAGUUCCUUGUAGGGAUUAUUUCAAUGUAGACUAAGCUCUAAGAAGAAAUUCACUGAAAUGAACUUCAGGAUUCAGUAUGGUUUGGUUUGUUUUAUGUCAUCUGCCAUGUCUACAAAUAAUGCAGGAGAAGUGCUUCUUGUUUAUUAAAUGGCUUAAUGCAAGAACAGAAAACAAUAUAGUUUUUACUGACCACUAAAAAAUUAACCAGCUUGUUUGGUGUUCUGUCUGAAUUGCAGUACCAGGCAUAGCAAAAAAAAAAAAAAAAUAUUCUAAAACUGUCUUCUUCUUCAAGACAGUUGUGAGGGACUUUGACUUGUGUUUUUCCUUCAAAAUGUGGAAAUAUUGAAACUUUUUGGAAUUUCUUUUGGAUACGGAUAGCCACCAUGUCUCCACUGUAGCUGACUUUCAAAGAAAAUCUGGUUAUCAAGAUACGGAGGGCUAAGAUAUAGAGUGGUCAGGAACACACAACCUGUUCAAUUGAAAUGACAGCAUUGGUAUUUAGUAUUGUUAAUAAUACACAACAGCAAAAUUCUUGUAAUCAGUCAUCUAGCAUUGAGCUCAUACUUUUUUUCCUUAACUACUUAUGUGCUUGUUUCUACACAUAAGGCCUGUAGCGUUAUGCUAUUUAACAUCUUUUAUUUAGAUUUGUCUUUCACUUUUAUUUAUUUUCAUGGGACAUUAAAACAUCACAUUUAUUUUUUCUAACCUUCUUGUAUGUUUGUAUACUAACAUCCCAAACAUCUUUUUUAAAUUAUCUUUAAGGACUAGUAAUCUGCAUGGUUUAAUUCUUGUUUCUUUUCUGUGCUGCCCCUCUUGCUUUUGAAGAAAGAAAUUUUUCUAUGUGCAUUUUCUGCAUAUAUUGAUUUUUGCAAAGUGUUUUAUGAUAACCGUGAGCACCAAGCGAUUGCAAAUCAUGGUCUUCUCUGUUCUUGUUAACAUGUCAAGACUUGCAGCUCUUCACUGAGACAAAGUGUAACAUUUACUAACUAUUUGAGUAUCAUUUUAUGCUUAUUUGCAAUCAUAAAGCACUAGAGUUUAUGACCAAAACAACCAGUCUCCUUCUUUCUCCUCUCUAUUUUAAAUAUGUUGUCUACAAGCCAAACAACUAGUUUUGUGAUCAACUCAGAUUAUUUCACUCAAUUUCAAUAAAUAAAAAACAAAUUCAUCAUUUUAAAAUUUAUGGAAUGUUGAUGGCUUGGCUUGGCUUGGAAGAGUCGAUUAGUUAAAGUGCAGGGCACCAAGAGAUGCUUAGCAGUAGAAAAGAAGUAGUGUGGUGUUUAGAAGAGACUAAAAGAUGGUCAGAAGGUCACACUGCAUUGACAGGUAUGUCCUCCCACCAGGUCAGCAGUGACGUCUGUCUCUGUGUGACAUUGCCUGUUGUUCUGCCAGUUGACGUUGGUAAAGACAGAGUAAACAUGGAACAUCCCCAGCAGACACUGCAAAUGCAUGGUGAUUCUGGGGUGUAGUUAAUAAGUAAUCUGGCAUCAGCUGCAGAGAGGGGCUCUAUGAAGGGGAAAUGUGAGUUUUCAGGAGAAUGAUAUACGUAUGGGAAACAUUCUUUCACUUGGAAAAAUCUGAUAAUGACCUAGCCUUCUGUCCAAAAGUGAAAGGAAAUCCUGAAAUGAUAGGAAAACUUGUGCAAUUGGCAGUAAAUAAAGGGGAAAGGCUGCCUUGUCAAAGUCACUGUUACAAUCCAUCAGUAUGGAGGAAGAGAAGUUGAGCAACGAGAGCAACCAAACAAAAGGUGUUAGAAAAUAGUUUGAAGUUAACAUAUUUACAUGUCGUAACAAAUUGUCUAUUCAGAGUUUACUUGGGUAGUUGAUGCUACUAGUAUGACAAGAUGUUACGAGACUGGUGCUACAAGGCCAUGAUGAAAUUGCUGGGAUUGAGCAAAACUACAGUGGUGGCUGGAGACACUCUCUGGAGACAGCUCUUGAUGUUGGGUUGUUGGACUUAAUUGUGGUUAAAAGAUGCACUAUUGAAAAUGACUGCUGCAACUAAAACAGCAUACAAUGGUGGUGUGAGUCAGCUUGUAAAACUUCUGUGUUCAUGUAUGUUCACUGUUACAGAGAAAAGAAGUUUUACUCAGAUACCUCAAACAUGGGAAUAAAAAGAGCAAUCUUUG